AGAAGAAGAAGAAGAAGAAAAAGAAAUGGCUGAGCUGUGCUCGCAGAAAACUCCGGCAGAGUUAGUGGAUGUUUGUCGCGUUUGCGGCGACUCAUUCUCGCCAACUAAGAGAAACAAACAUAAUGUUUUACAAGGCCAUGGCUUAUCCGUCCGGCCGGACUAUACCUUGGCUUUGGAAGACAUCACAGGAGAACGCGUUACACAGGGAGAUGGACUACCCAAAGCGGUAUGUGGGACCUGUCGCACGCUUUUGCGACGGUAUGGACGGAGCAAAGCUGAUGUGGAGGGAAUUGGCUCUUUCGUAAAAGAAAAAGCUACCACAGUGCCGAGGUUUAAAACAUGUGCCCCCUCAACACCCAGUCAGCAGCUCAAAAGGGAACCAGGUCCUCCAGAAGAUAGUCACGGCAGCAGUCCGGCGUUACGAAAACUUUUCCCGAGUGGUGAGGCCGAGGGUACAGAUCCAGAUGACAUGGGCGGUGUAGUAUCAUUAGAUGAUGGGGCGACCAGCAGCAUGAACGCAGAACAACAUGUAGCUGCUGAAUCCAGGCCUGAGCCCCAACAGCCCCAACGAGUAACUAAGGUUAUUGUCACCCAUGGACCUGCCACACUUUCCAGGAUUGUUACUGGACCUAUUGAGAAGAUUGCCAUGUGUCUUCAAAGGAAUCAUACCAAAAGAUUGCCAAAGUUGGUUAUGGAUGUUCCUGGUUUAGACAACAUUGCCAUUAAACAGGUUUUUAAGCGUGUAGACAAAGAAUGUCAAAAACUGACUGGUAACAAGUGGAAAUCCAUAUUGAAAAAAACAACCCCAUCAGAUCUUAAAAAGUUUUCCUGGGAUAAAGUUCUGGAUGAAUGGAAGGAGAAAGCGCCAACAUUUCUCCAGUUUCUGAAAUGUGCAAGUACCGUUUCCACCGAAAAAGGGGAAGGAAAUGCUCGUGCAAAAAUAUGCAAAAUGGCAAUGGCCGGUGCUACUCUUCUUCGAGCACGUUCGAAAUUCAUGUGUGCACCAAUGUACUUAAAUGCACUUCUUAUGCAGCACGCAGGAGCUAAGAAGAGGUGCUAUGAUAGAUUUGGCAGGAUUGGCAUCUCUGUCAACAGGAGAAGCUGCCUUCGGAAAUUAAAAACUAUCAGCUUAUCCUGGGACAAGAAAUACCUGAAGUGGAAGAGGAAUAUAUGUGCAAGGUCCUCUGAGAUGGCCGAACAAUGCCUAGACCACCAACCUCUUCAACAUGACCAACAGACUGCAGCUUGUUCGGAUGUCCAAACAAAUGAGAAUGCUGCGCCAUCUGACAACCAGAGCCUGGGAUCACAGCAAAGACCACCUAAUGAUGACAAUGAUGGUGAUGCUGAAUCGAUAUAUGCCAUUAAAGCGGCAUCGGAGUCUGACUGUCCUUCUCAUCUGUGAAACUCAUCUACACAACACGUGAUAGUACUAACCCACUACAACGGUGCCGUGACCCGUCCUCCUCUCUGGUGUUGCUGCGGGCUCCACGUGGGACAGACAACUCUUCGCGCUGCUGCGUCACCUGUGCUUUGAUCCCUUGGUGCCGUGAGUCACAGUUAUGGCUUAAAGCCUGAUAUAUGGACUGAAUUUGAUGCAUGGCAGUCCUGAGAAGGCAAAAAAAAGGGACUUUACUUUGAGAUGGUAAUUGUCAUUGUGUACAUGCAACUGGUAAAUUGGUAUGUGUAAAUGUAACCUGUGAUGGGUAAAAAGUGUAUUUGGUUUUGGAUAUUUUUUUCCUGUCUGCACUGUAAAAAAUAUCAAGGUGGUUUAACUUGAAAACUUUAAGUUCAAUUGCCGCCUUAAAAAUGUGAGUAAACUCAACUUCAAGAAAAGCUUUAUUUCAACUUAGAAAUUUAAGUCAUAUAAGCUGUUAAACUAAUGAUCAUUUGUUAUUUGAACUUGAUGCUCGGAGUUGAAAUGACUAAUUAUUUUACAUUUAACAUUUAAGAAAACUUGCCCUCUCUUGUCAAACACACUUAUAAUUUUACACUAUUUCAACUCACAAAAUUCAGUUACAUCAGUGUUUAAUGAAUGAUUAUUUGUUGUUUGAAUCCCAUACUCUGGGUUGAAACAACUCACUAUAUUACAUUAUACAUUUGAGAAAACUUGCUUUGUGUUGUCAAAGGAACUUAAAAUUGUACACCCUUUAAACCCACAUUUUUUAAGUCAAAAUAGCUAACUAUAUUCAUACCAAUCGCCUGUUCAAGUUAAGUUAACUUGUGUCUUUAAGGCAGCAAUUGCACUUAAAAUUGCAAGUAGGCUAAGGUUUUCAAUUUGUAUCCUCUGUCUCGCCUAAUAAUGGAAAGUUCACCUGUUUCCAAAAAGAUUACAAUGAACACACGUACAGUUACUGUUCAAAAACAUUUAUUUGAACAAUUAUCUCAACUUAAAGCUUGCCCUAUAUCAAAUACAAGUUUGGCAGAUGACAGAUAAGACAAGCCUAAAAUCCAGUGUAAAUGAGAAAAUUUAUCUCAGAGACCACAAGUAAAUGUGUUCAAAAAACAUCUGCCAAAGAGAACGAUCAAGACCACCGUCUCUUAUCCGUCCAAAAUUAAGUGGGUGAGUAACAGUGCUUUAAAUCCUAAGACUGCUGAAACUUUGCAGAGGUGCACUUCACAUUCAUAAAACAAGGUUCAUGCUAAAUAAAAAUAGUCUGCCUAAGCAUAGAACAGCUGAGACCGUCACUUCUCAUAUGAGUAUCUGUGCCUUGACCUGUUAAGCCCUAGCCAUAUUUUCAGAAAAAACGCCUAAAAACACAUGCCCAAAGUAAAUCAAGAAUUUCUCCACAAUAAUAAGGUUCAUAUGCAGGUUAAGAGAAUAGAUUCCCAGUGUCAAAAAUAUUGUGUUUGUUACUAUGCCUGAGUAAAUUGGGAUAAACCAAAGGAGAAAUUUGAAAUUCCUAUCCUCUUUUUACAGAGGAUAACACCAUGUUACCAAUGAUUCCAUGCACCCGCUACCUUUCGUCACCCCCAGCAACUCCUUGACUACAAAUGUACCAAAUUUGGUGGAGUUUGGGCAAAGGGCAUAGCCUCCACAGAGGUUUUAGUAAGGAUACCACCAGGCAGAAACCCAAUUUGGCACCAAAGUGUGCCAAAUCCAGUUAUUUUGCACUUCCAAUGUAAUAUGGCAGGAAAAUACAACUUAUAUCAGUUACAGGAGUCUAGCACCAUCUACUGGAGCUUUUGGUUAUGAAAUUUACCUUGUCCUUCAUGAAAUUCUAUCAUUGUGCACAGCAUAAUAUCAAUAAAAACAACAACAAAAUGUAUUACUUUGUCUCAACAUUGAGCUCCACAGUCAUCUCCUCAACUGUAGAAUUCUGGUUUUAAUCAUAUCUGACAACCAAAAUCUUUUCAGAUGGAGCUCUCUGAAGACAAAUCUUACCAAAUGGGGGUCUUUGACCCUCAUGAAUU